AUGCACGCCCUGAUCAUUGGUGGAAAUGGCCGCACUGGCAAGCUCGUUGUCAACGAAUUGUUGCGACGCGGACACGGCGUUACAGCUCUCGUCCGUGAUCCAGCCACAAUGGAAGGAAUGGAUGGCAUCAGCAUCGUCAAAGGAUCGCCAACACAAGUCUCCGAUGUCAGACAAGCUUUCCAAGAUCGCAUCCCCGACGUUGUCAUCGUCACACUGAAUGCCCCCCGCGCCUCGGACAGCCCCUUCGCCGCACUGAUAUCUCCGCCGCGACUCAUGGCCGAUAGCAAUGCUAACGUGGUAACAGCCAUGAAGGAAUAUGGUGUCCAAAAGGUGGUCAUCAUGCAAGCGUUUGGCGUAGGAGCGUCAUGGCCGAACAUGUCUUGCUUGCUGCGUGGAUUGAUGAGCAAGACCAAUAUGAGUUAUCAGUAUGAGGAUCACAAUAUGACCGACAGGGAGGUUCGUGCUAGUGGUGUCACUUAUGUGAUGGUUCGGCCAUCUCGGUUGGUGGAGACUGAUAUUAUGACGGUGCGUGAGUGGCCUCAUGAUGGGAAAGGUGUGCCAUUGAUGGCUAGUGCGAGUCGCAAGAGCGUUGCUUGUUUUCUUGUGGAUGCAGCUGAGGAGUCACGCUGGGAUAAUACUGCGCCAGUUAUCACGAACUAA